UCCAUCAGUUGCUCGCGAAGAGCCAUCCAGUGCGGUUGGAUGAGCUCCCCCAAGGAAUACGAAAGGAAACAGUGAACAAGAACAAAUCAGUGAAGAAAGUGACCAGCAGAUAAGAAAGUGAAAUACAUAAGAGUGAAACGGGAGAGACUGAGAUAGAACCGGAAGUGGUCCGAGGAAGGACUGUCGUUAUCGCAGUGCGGGUGCUUGGACUCUCGGCACAAUGGAGUUCAGAGUGGCCUCCAUUUGGAUCCUGCUACUGAUCCUGGCGAUCUCCUAUUGCCAGGCAGAACUAACGCCGCCGUAUUUCAAUCUGGCCACGGGACGAAAGAUCUAUGCCACGGCCACUUGUGGCCAGGAUACAGACGGACCAGAGCUAUAUUGUAAACUAGUAGGAGCUAAUACGGAGCACGAUCACAUGAACUUUUCGGUCAUCCAAGGACAGGUCUGCGACUAUUGUAACACCAAGGUGCCGGAGAAGAAUCAUCCGCCAGAGAACGCGAUCGAUGGCACCGAGGCCUGGUGGCAGAGUCCUCCGUUGUCCAGGGGCAUGAAAUUCAAUGAAGUCAAUUUGACCAUCAAUUUCGAACAGGAAUUCCAUGUGGCCUAUUUGUUCAUUCGGAUGGGAAAUUCCCCUCGUCCGGGCCUCUGGACGCUGGAGAAGUCCACGGAUUAUGGCAACACCUGGACCCCUUGGCAGCACUUCUCGGAUACUCCCGCCGAUUGCGAGACCUACUUUGGCAAGGACACGUACAAGCCAAUCACCCGCGAUGACGACGUCAUUUGCACCACGGAAUACUCAAAAAUUGUGCCGCUAGAGAACGGAGAGAUUCCCGUGAUGCUGCUGAACGAGCGUCCCAGCUCCACCAACUACUUUAACUCAACUGUGCUCCAGGAAUGGACCCGUGCCACCAACGUCAGGAUCCGGCUGUUGCGCACAAAGAAUCUCUUGGGACAUCUGAUGUCCGUGGCUCGACAGGAUCCCACGGUUACGCGUCGUUAUUUCUACUCGAUCAAGGACAUAUCUAUUGGCGGAAGGUGCAUGUGCAAUGGUCAUGCCGACACCUGUGACGUCAAGGACCCGAAGAGUCCAGUGCGCAUCCUCGCCUGCCGCUGCCAACACCACACUUGCGGCAUCCAGUGCAAUGAGUGCUGUCCAGGAUUCGAGCAGAAGAAAUGGCGGCAGAACACCAAUGCCCGACCCUUCAACUGCGAACCUUGCAACUGCCAUGGCCACAGCAACGAGUGCAAGUACGAUGAGGAAGUGAACCGCAAGGGACUCUCCCUGGACAUUCACGGACACUACGAUGGAGGUGGCGUUUGCCAGAACUGUCAGCACAACACCGUGGGAAUCAACUGCAACAAGUGCAAGCCGAAGUACUACCGACCCAAAGGAAAGCACUGGAACGAGACUGAUGUUUGCAGUCCCUGCCAAUGUGACUUCUUCUUCUCCACCGGACACUGCGAGGAGGAAACCGGAAACUGUGAGUGCCGUGCCGCCUUCCAGCCGCCGAGCUGCGACUCGUGUGCAUACGGAUACUACGGAUACCCGAACUGCCGGGAGUGCGAGUGCAACCUGAACGGAACCAACGGAUACCAUUGCGAAGCGGAGAGCGGACAGCAAUGUCCUUGCAAGAUCAACUUCGCGGGUGCCUACUGUAAGCAGUGCGCCGAGGGAUACUACGGAUUCCCCGAGUGCAAGGCCUGCGAGUGCAACAAGAUCGGCUCGAUCUCCAACGACUGCAACAUGACCACUGGCGAGUGCAAGUGUCUCACGAACUUCGGUGGCCACAACUGUGAGCGCUGCAAGCACGGAUACUUCAACUACCCCACCUGCUCAUACUGCGACUGCGACAACCAGGGCACGGAGUCGGAAAUCUGCAACAAGCAGUCUGGCCAGUGCAUCUGCCGCGAGGGCUUCGGGGGUCCGAGAUGCGAUCAAUGCUUGCCGGGAUAUUACAACUAUCCGGACUGCAAGCCCUGCAACUGCUCGACCACAGGCAGCUCGGCGAUCACCUGCGACAACACCGGCAAGUGCAACUGCCUGAACAACUUUGCCGGAAAACAAUGCACGCUCUGUACUGCCGGCUACUACAGCUAUCCGGAUUGUCUACCAUGUCACUGCGACUCCCACGGAUCUCAGGGAGUGUCCUGCAACUCGGACGGACAGUGCCUGUGCCAGGCCAACUUCGACGGACGACAGUGCGAGUCCUGCAAGGAGGGCUUCUACAACUUCCCCAGCUGCGAGGACUGCAACUGCGAUCCGGCGGGAGUAAUCGAUAAGUUCGCCGGAUGCGGAUCGGUGCCCGUGGGAGAGCUGUGCAAGUGCAAGGAGCGAGUCACAGGCAGGAUCUGCAAUGAGUGCAAGCCCCUGUACUGGAACCUGAACAUCAGCAAUCCGGAGGGUUGCGAGAUUUGCGAUUGUUGGACGGAUGGUACCAUUUCCGCUUUGGAUACCUGUACCUCCAAGACCGGACAAUGUCCCUGCAAGCCGCAUACUCAGGGCAGGCGCUGCCAGGAGUGUCGGGAUGGCACCUUCGAUCUGGACAGUGCCUCGUUGUUUGGCUGCAAGGACUGCAGUUGCGAUGUUGGUGGCUCGUGGCAAAGUGUUUGCGACAAGAUCAGCGGCCAGUGCAAAUGCCACCCGAGAAUCACGGGUCUGGCAUGUACCCAGCCUUUGACUACCCACUUCUUCCCAACGCUUCAUCAGUUCCAGUAUGAAUACGAGGAUGGUUUGCUGCCCUCGGGCACUCAGGUGCGCUACGAUUACGACGAGGAGGCAUUCCCCGGAUUCAGCAGCAAGGGCUACGUGGUGUUCAAUGCCAUUCAGAACGAGGUACGCAACGAAAUAAACAUGUUCAAGUCAUCUCUCUACCGGAUUGUGCUGCGCUAUGUGAAUCCCAAUGACGAUAAUGUCACCGCCACCAUCUCGAUUACUUCGGACAAUCCGCUGGAGGUGGAUCAACACGUGAAGGUACUGCUGCAACCCACUUUGGAACCCCAGUUUGUGACCGUUGCGGGUCCCUUGGGCGUAAAACCCUCGGCAAUUGUUUUGGAUCCGGGUCGUUAUGUCUUUACCACCAAGGCCAACAAGAAUGUGAUGCUAGAUUACUUUGUUCUCCUGCCUGCUGCCUAUUAUGAAGCUGGAAUUCUUACCCGUCAUAUCUCGAAUCCCUGUGAACUGGGCAACAUGGAGCUGUGCCGCCAUUACAAAUACGCCUCAGUGGAGGUUUUCGAGCCAGCCGAAACUCCAUUUGUUAUCGGAGAAAACUCUAAGCCCACCAACCCUGUCGAAGUGUAUAGCGAUCCGGAACACCUCCAGAUUGUCAGCCAUGUGGGCGAUAUUCCCGUGCUGAGCCAGUCGCAAAAGGAGCUGAACUACAUAGUAGAUGUUCCACGCAGUGGACGAUACAUCUUCGUGAUUGAUUACAUCAGCGAUAGGAAUUUCGCCAACAGUUACUAUAUUAACUUGAAGCUGAAGAACACUCCCGGUUCUGAGACUUCCGUGCUGUUGUAUCCGUGCUUGUACUCCACCGUCUGUCGCACUUCGGUCAACGAUGAUGGUUUGGAGAAGGCCUUCUACAUCAGCAAGGAGGAUCUGCAGCCAGUCACCAUCUAUGCCGACAUCGAUGAUGAAUCCCGUGUGCCCAUCAUCUCGGUAACCGCCGUACCCGUGGAGCAAUGGUCCAUUGACUACAUCAACCCAAGCCCCGUCUGUGUGAUCCACAACCAGCAGUGUGCCACUCCCAAAUUCCACUCCGUUCCCGACUCCAAGAAGAUUGAGUUCGAAACUGACCAUGAGGAUCGCAUUGCCACCAACAAGCCACCUUAUGCCGCCUUCGAUGACCGGGUUAAGCUGGUCCAUUUGGACAGUCAAAAUGAAGCCACCAUCGUGAUUGAAUCAAAGGUUGAUGCUACGAAACCCAAUCUCUUUGUGAUCCUCGUGAAGUACUACCAGCCAAACCAUCCCAAAUACCAGGUGUACUACACAUUGACGGCUGGAAAGAAUCAAUAUGAUGGCAAGUUCGACAUUCAGCACUGCCCCUCGAGUUCCGGAUGCCGUGGCGUUAUUCGACCCGCCGGAGAGGGUUCGUUCGAGAUUGACGACGAGUUCAAGUUCACAAUUACUACUGAUCGAUCCCAGAGCGUUUGGCUGGACUACUUGGUGGUGGUGCCGUUGAAGCAGUAUAAUGAUGACCUCUUGGUGGAGGAGACCUUUGACCAGACCAUGGAGUUUAUCCAAAACUGCGGCCAGGACCACUUCCACAUUACCCACAAUGCCAGUGAUUUCUGCAAGAAGUCCGUCUUCUCCCUGACGGCAGAUUACAACAGUGGAGCACUGCCAUGUAAUUGCGACUACGCCGGAUCCACGAGUUUUGAAUGUCAUCCGUUUGGCGGUCAAUGCCAGUGCAAGCCGAACGUGAUUGAGCGCACUUGCGGAGCGUGUAAGAGUAGGUACUACGGAUUCCCCGACUGCAAGCCAUGCGAGUGCCCGAGUAGCGCUAUGUGCGAGCCAUCCACCGGAGAAUGCAUGUGUCCCCCGAAUGUCAUCGGGGAUUUGUGCGAGAAGUGCGCCCCGAACACAUACGGAUUCCAUCAGGUGAUCGGCUGCGAAGAGUGUGGAUGCAACCAUAUGGGCAUUGCCAACGGAAAUACGCAGUGCGACCUGUUCAACGGAACCUGCGAGUGCCGUGACAAUAUCGAAGGAAGGGCCUGCGAUGUUUGCUCUCACGGAUACUUUAACUUCCCGCACUGCGAAAAGUGCAGUUGCCACAAGCCCGGAACCGAACUGGAGGUAUGCGACAAGGUCGAUGGCACCUGCUUCUGCAAAAAGAACGUGGUCGGAGUUGAUUGUGAUCAGUGUGUGGAAGGGACAUACAACCUGCAGGACUCGAAUCCAGAGGGUUGCACCACUUGCUUCUGUUUUGGCAAGACCUCGCGAUGUGACAGUGCCUAUCUCAGGGUCUACAAUGUGAGUCUGCUGAAGCAGGUGUCUAUCAGUACGCCGGAAUUCCGUGAGGAAAGUAUCAAGUUUGAAAUGUGGCCAGUGCCUACGGAGGAGAUUCUUCUAAAUGAGACCACGCUGAAGGCAGACUUUACACUGCGGGAGGUCAGUGAUGAACGACCCGCCUACUUUGGAGUACUGGACUACCUUCUCAACCAGAACAGCCAUAUAUCUUCUUACGGCGGAGACUUGGCUUACACACUACAUUUCACCUCUGGCUUUGAUGGCAAAUACAUCGUAGCUCCGGAUGUCAUUUUGUUCAGUGAACACAACGUCCUGGUGCACCAGAGCUAUGAACAGCCCACUAGGAAUGAGCCUUUCAGCAACCGCAUCCAUAUAGUGGAGUCGAACUUCCAAACGGUUUCCGGAAAACCUGUUUCUCGAGCUGAUUUUAUGAUGGUUCUGCGAGAUCUUAAGUCAAUCUUUAUUAGGGCCAACUACUGGGAACAGACCUUGGUGGCUCACUUGGCAGAUGUGUACCUAACCCUAGCCGAUGAAGAUGCGGAUGGCACUGGUGAGUACCAAUUCCUGGCCGUGGAGCGUUGCUCCUGUCCACCAGGCUACUCCGGGCACUCUUGCGAGGAUUGUGCUCCGGGCUACUACCGAGAUCCCAGCGGUCCCUACGGCGGUUACUGCAUUCCCUGCGAUUGCAACGGUCACACGGAGACCUGUGACUGUGCCACCGGAAUUUGCACAAAUUGCCAGCAUGGAACUCAGGGUGACCACUGCGAGCAGUGUGUGUCUGGGUACUACGGAAACGCCACCAACGGAUCACCCGGAGAUUGCAUGAUCUGCGCCUGUCCUCUACCCUUUGACUCGAACAACUUUGCCACCAGUUGUGAGAUCUCCGAGAGUGGAAACGAAAUUCAUUGUGAGUGCAAGCCAGGUUACACAGGACCCCGUUGCGAGUCCUGCGCAAAUGGAUUCUACGGACAGCCAGAGAACAUGGGAGAGGUGUGCAAGCCGUGCGAGUGCUCUGGGAACAUCAACCCAGAGGAUCAGGGAUCUUGCGACACGAGGACUGGUGAAUGCUUGCGCUGCUUGAAUAACACCUUCGGAGCUGCCUGUAAUCUGUGUGCUCCGGGUUUCUACGGUGAUGCUAUUAAGCUAAAGAACUGCCAGAGCUGUGACUGCGACGACCUGGGCACCCAGGAGUGCGAUCCUUAUGUGGGCGUCUGCACCUGUCAUGAGAAUGUUAUCGGCGAGCGCUGCGAUCAGUGCAAGCCGGAUCACUACGGAUUUGAGUCAGGAGUUGGAUGCCGCGCAUGCGAUUGCGGUCCCGCUUCCAAUUCGACGCAGUGCGACAAGCACACGGGUCAUUGUGCCUGCAAAUCCGGCGUGACGGGACGACAGUGCGAUCGUUGUGCCGUGGACCAUUGGAACUACGAGAAGGAAGGUUGCACUCCGUGCAACUGCAACCAGGGUUACUCGCGAGGAUUCGGCUGCAAUCCGGAAACGGGCAAGUGCCAGUGCCUGCCUGGCGUCAUUGGAGAUAGAUGCGACGCCUGUCCGAAUCGCUGGGUGCUGAUCAAGGACGAGGGUUGCCAGGAAUGCAACAAUUGUCACCAUGCCCUCCUGGAUGUCACCGAUCGGAUGCGCUACCAGAUCGACAACGUCCUUGCCGAUUUCAAUAGUGUCACCCUUGCCUUCUUCACCAGUCAGAAACUGAACUAUUACGACCAGCUGGCCGACGAACUGGAGCCCAAGGUUAAGCUCCUGGAUAACAACAGCGUGGAUCUUAAUCCCUUCAAAAAGGCCAACAGCGAACUGGAGGCGGAUGCCAAGGCCUACGCCAAGCAGGUCAACCAGACUCUGGCGAAUGCUGUGGACAUACGCGAGCGAUCGAGCAGCACUUUGGGUAACAUCACAGUCGCCUACGAUGAUGCGUUUAAGAGUGCCCAGCAGGCCAGGGAGGCCAUCACCUCGGUAGAGGCUUUGUCCAAGAAUCUCGAGGCAGCAGCGAGUACCAAGAUUGAUGCUGCCCUAGAGCAAGCUCAGCACAUUGUGGGAGAAAUCAACGCCACUAGCAUUGAAGUGACACCCAACAAACAGAUCCUGGAGAAGGCUCGGAAACUCUAUGAGGAAGUCAACACUUUGGUGAUGCCCAUCAAGGAUCAAAACAAGACCCUGAAUGCCCUGAAGAAUGACAUCGGAGAGUUCAGUGAUCAUCUGGAGGAUCUCUUCAACUGGAGCGAGGAAUCCCAGGCCAAGUCCGCCGACGUGGAGCGCAGAAAUGUGGCCAAUCAGAAGACCUUUGACAACUCCAAAUUCGACACCGUCUCGGAGCAAAAGAAACAGGCAGAAAAGAACAUCAACGACGCGGGCAAUUACCUGAUCAAUGGGGAUCUUACUCUCAGUCAGAUCAACCAGAAGUUGGAUAGCUUGAGGGAUGCUCUGGGUGACCUGACCUCGGUGAACAAGAAUGUGGACGAAGAGUUGCCACUGAGGGAGGAGCAGCACAAUGAGGCGGAGGCACUCACCGAUCAGGCAGAGCAGCGGGCGGCCGAGUUGGCUGUCAAGGCGCAGGAUCUGGCUGUCCAGUAUACCGACAUGACCGCCAGUGCUGAGCCGGCUAUCAAAGCAGCCACUGCCUACUCCGGAAUCGUGGAGGCCGUCGAUGCUGCCCAGAAAUUCAGCCAGGAUGCCAUUGCAGCGGCCGGCAGUGCCACCCAAAUUACAGAUGGCAUUGAGGAAAGAGCUCACCUGGCAGACACUGGAUCAGCUGAUCUUCUUCAAAGAGCCCGUCAGUCUCUCCAGAAAGUACAAGACGACCUUGAGCCACGUCUCAACGGAUCAGCUGGCAAAGUCCAAAAGAUCUCCGCCGUAAACAAUGCCACCGAACAGCAGCUGAAGGACAUCAACAUUCUGAUCGGCCAGCUGCCAGCCGAAUCCCAACGGGACAUGUGGAAGAGCUCGAAUGCCAAUGCCAGUGACGCUCUGGAGAUUCUGAAGAAUGUCCUAGAGAUACUCGAGCCAGUGAGUGCCCAAACACCCAAAGAGCUCGAGAAGGCACACGGCAUCAAUAGGGAUCUGGAUCUGACCAACAAGGACAUCUCGCAGGCCAACAAUCAGCUGGAUAACGUCGAGGGCUUCGUCUCGAAGCUCAACGAACUGGCGGAGGACGUCGAGGAUCAGCAACAGCGGGUGGGUGAACAAACCCUGCAGCUGGGCCAGGAAAUAGAGAAUCUGAAGGCCCAGGUGGAGGCCGCUCGCCAAUUGGCCAACAGCAUCAAGGUGGGCGUCAAGUUCAAGCCGAGCACCAUCCUCGAGCUGAAGACGCCGGAGAAGGCCAAGCUGCUGGCCACUCGCACCAAUCUCUCCACCUACUUCCGCACUACCGAGCCAUCCGGUUUCCUUUUGUACCUGGGCAAUGACAACAAGACCGCCCAGAAGAACAACGACUUUGUGGCGGUGGAGAUCGUGAACGGGUACCCGAUCCUCACCAUAGAUUUGGGCAAUGGUCCGGAGCGUAUCACCAGCGACAAGUACGUGGCGGAUGGCCAGUGGUAUCAGGCGGUGGUGGAUCGUAUGGGUCCGAAUGCCAAGCUCACGAUUAGGGAACAACUGGCCAACGGUGAGGUGGUCGAGCACAGCAAGUCUGGUUAUCUCGAGGGAUCUCAGAAUAUCCUCCAUGUGGAUAAGAACAGUCGCCUAUUUGUGGGCGGCUAUCCGGCUGCUUCGGACUUCAAUGCACCCGCCGACUUGACCACCAACUCCUUCAGUGGCGACAUUGAGGAUCUUAAGAUCGGCGACGAGAGCGUGGGACUGUGGAACUUUGUUUAUGGCGACGAUAACCAGGAGGGCGCCCGAGAGCGUGACGUGCUGCUCGAGAAGAAGAAACCGGUUACGGGUCUGCGCUUCAAGGGCAAUGGCUACGUGCAGCUGAACGCCACCUCAAACUUUAAGACCCGCUCCAGCAUCCAGUUCAGCUUCAAGGCGGACAAGGACACGGCCAACGGACUGCUCUUCUUCUACGGAAGAGACAAGCACUACAUGAGCAUCGAGAUGAUCGACGGUGCCAUCUACUUCAACAUUAGCCUGGGGGCGGGUGGAGGCGUUAUUGCCGGCAGCCAGGAUCGCUACAAUGACAAUCAAUGGCACAAGGUCCAGGCGGUGCGGGAAAAUCGGGACGGCCUUCUGAAGGUGGACGAUGUAGUGAUAUCGCAGUCAAAUGCUCCAUCGCAAGCGGACUUGGAGUUGCCCAAGCUCAGGAGAUUGUACUUCGGUGGCCAUCCGAGACGACUGAACAACUCGAUCAGCUUGCAGCCCAACUUCGAUGGUUGCAUCGACAAUGUGGUGAUCAAUGGAGGAGUUGUGGACCUAACGGAGUAUGUAACUGGUGGCGGAGUGGAGGAAGGCUGUCCGGCAAAGUACUCCACCGUGGUAUCGUAUGCUCCGCAUGAGUACGGCUUCCUGCGCAUGAACAACAUCGUCUCAAACAAUAAUCUGCAUGUGGUGCUGCGUUUUAAGACCAGCCAACCGAAUGGCGUGCUUUUCUAUGCCGCCAGCCAUGACCAGAGCUCUAAUAUCGGACUAAGUCUGGACGAAGGAUUGCUCAAGCUGAACAGCAUGGGCAGCCAGUUGGUGAUUGACGAUCGACUCCUAAACGAUGGCGAGGAUCAUGUGGUUACGGUGCAGCACACCCAGGGUGAACUGCGUCUCUCCGUCGACGAUAUGGAGACCAAGAGACUUGGAUCUCCGCAACCGCUGAUUCUGGAUGGUGGCGACAUCUUCUUCGCUGGACUGCCGGAUAACUAUCGGACGCCCAGAAACGCAUUGGCCUCGUUGGCCUACUUUGUCGGCUGCAUCAGCGAUGUAACCGUGAACGAGGAGAUCAUUAACUUUGCCAACAGCGCUGAGAAGAAGAACGGCAACAUCAACAGCUGUCCCCCGCAUGUACUAGCCUACGAGCCCAGUCUUGUGCCCAGCUACUAUCCCAGUGGAGCCAAUGAGGUGGAGUCUCCGUGGGCAAACCCCGAACCCCUUCCCCCACUCAAGCCAGUCAUUGAGGCCACAGAGCCACCGACAACGCCUACCACCACAACAACUACAACGACCAGCACAACAACCACAUCGACCACCACAACAACGACGACGACAACAACCCAGUCACCGAUUUUCCCUGAUGAGGACAAGGAUGUGGAUAUUAAAUUGCCACAGAAGACUUUAACCACCCGGCCUCCCGCCAAGCUGAAUCUUCCCAGUGAUGAGCGCUGCAAGUUGCCGGAGCAGCCGAACUUCGAUGUGGACUUCGUCGAAGCUGGCUACCGUUUCUACGGACUGCGGGAGCAACGCCUGGAGAUCAACUCACUGCCAGUGAAGUUGCGCCGCCACCAUGACAUGAGCAUCUCCUUCCGCACGGAGCGACCCAACGGCCUGCUUAUCUUCGCCGGAAGCAAGCAGCGCGAUGACUUCAUAGCCGUCUAUCUCCUGAACGGACAGGUGACGUACGAACUCCGAGUGGGAGCCUUGCUGCGGGCAAAGAUCACCAGUGAGGCGGUAUUGAAUGAUGGCUCCUGGCACACCGUGGAGGCGUUGCGCUCUGGCCGCAAGGUCAGCCUGCUUAUCGAUAAGCUGGAGCAGCCGGGAUCCGUGGAUCUGAAUGCGGAGAGGAGUCCACCGGUGCUGGCGGUCGAGAUGCCUAUCUACGUGGGCGGCGUCAACAAAUUCCUGGAGACGGACGUUAAGAACCUCACCGGCUUCGACACCGAUGUACCCUUCUACAACGGCUGCCUCAAGGACAUCAAGUUCGAUGGCGUCGAACUGGAGACACUGCCGGAGGAGUUCGGAGUGGUUCCGUGCUCGGAACAGGUGGAGCGCGGAUUGUUCUUCAACAACCAGAAGGCGUAUGUCAAACUCUUCGAACACUUCGAUGUCGGCACAGAAAUGAAAAUCAGCUUUGAUUUCCGACCGAGGGACCCCAACGGUCUGCUCUUCUCCGUGCACGGCAAGAGCUCCUAUGCCAUCCUCGAGCUGGUGGACAACACCCUGUUCUUCACCGUGAAGACCGAUCUGAAGAACAUUGUGACGACCAACUAUAAGCUGCCCAACAACGAAAGCUUUUGCGAUGGAAAGACACGCAACGUCCAGGCCAUUAAGUCCAAGUUUGUGAUCAACAUAGCCGUGGACUUUAUAAGUUCCAAUCCGGGCGUGGGCGGCGAAGGAUCGGUCGUUACUAAGACAAACCGUCCGUUGUUCUUGGGAGGUCACUUGAACUUCCAAAGGGCACCGGGCAUCAAGACCAAAAAGUCCUUUAAGGGAUGCAUCAGCAAGGUGGAGGUCAACCAAAAGAUGAUCAAUAUUACGCCCAAUAAGGUCAUCGGCGAUAUAUGGCAGGGUGUCUGCCCGCUUAACUAGUGAUGAAAACCGGAAAGACUAACGGACACAUGAUUCAUUUCGACAAAGACUACGGAAAACUGCCAGGAAAAAGCCAAAGUUGCCGAAAACCGCAAUUAAAAGGACAACGAACGAACAAAUUCUAAACGAUCAAGAUCGACAGGCCAUGGAAAAGUCUGGGGUCCCAAAGAUAAUGGAUCCUUAGCAAAGAUGCCAGUCGUAUAUUUCUUAUUCAUUUAAGCCAAACAAUGUGCCAAUCUAUUGAAACCAUUUACAUAUGUUAUUUCUUAAUUCCUUUUUAAACUCUUAAAGUUGAACUUUCAAAUUUGUAAUUUCGUCGAACCAAUAAAUAUAAAAACAUUUUAUCGAAUUAAAA